AUGUUCUACGGCGGACACUUUAUUCUGCAGACGGACCAAAAGCCACUUGUGGCCAUUUUCGGUUCGAAACAAAGGAUUCCACCUUACACCGCCAACCGUCUCCAAAGAUGGGCACUUGCCAUGUUACUCUACGAUUUCAAAAUCGAGCAUGUUUUUACUGAUCAUUUUGGUCACGCAGAUAUAUUAUCCCGUUUGAUCAACAGCCACGUAAGUCCAAAAGAAGACUAUGUGAUUGCGUCCCUCGAAGUGGAACAGGUGAUCUGCAACAUCGUCAGUCAAUCCAUCGAGUAUCUUCCUGUUUCAUUCAAAAUGAUAGCAGCCGAGACUAUGAGAGAUGAGACGUUGCAGCAAGUUCCAUCGCGGGAGGUUCAGCAGUUUUUCGUGCGACGUGAAUCUUUGUACGCAGCCCUAAAAGUCUUGAUGUACGGAGAGCGGAUUGUGGUACCGAAGAAGUUUCAACGUAAAAUACUGCAGCAACUUCAUGAAGGGAACCUAGGCGUCGAGCGUAUGCGUUCAUUGACAAGAAAUUACGUAUAUUGA